AUGCCUAAAACUUUACUUGAUAUUAUUAGACUUUUUGAGAAGUCAAGAAAUGAAGAAGAUUUCUUACUUCUAAGAAAUCGAAAAAUUUCGGAUGAUGAAGAAUUAUCGGAUAUCUUGAAAUGUUUGCUAUUGAUGGGGCUUGCUUACGUCAGGCUACCCUUUACUGGGUAUAGAUAUGUUUCAUUUAUCCCAAUGAAGCAUUUAGAUUUAACAAGGGAGCUACGUCCUCAAAAGUUAGCCAAAUCGGUGCAUAUUUUCUGGCCACGUCCCAGUAACAUCAUAGAUUAUAACUCCGUUGAUAACUCUGUUAAUAAAUGUCUCGCAUAUAAAUCAAUGUUGAAGGACAACAUCUCACCAUUUGUUGACCUAAUUUUAAGUUACCAUAAAUCCAAAUCUUUUAGAGAGUUUAAAGACUAUAACGAAGCUGCACUUCAGAUGGAAAUUGAAUUGCUACUUCCAACCAAACAUCGUCAACCUGAAGUGCGACUUGUGGUUGAUGGGUCGAAAAGUUCAGGAGCAAGUCGCUUCGGAUUUAUUGACAUUUUUGUUAGUGGAUGGGGAAAAGCACAAUGGGUUAACAAAGCAGACUACAAAUCAUUAAAGGCCUUAGACGAUAAGAUCGAAAAAGAAGCUAAAGACGAACUAUUAAAUAGAAGAUAUUUUUAUUGGCAUAAAGAAAAAAAGUUAAUUCAAAAUGGAAUGGAACAACUUAGUAGAUACAUGAAAACGGUGCAGAAGGGUAGUGUUAAUAAAUAUGAUCAAUCAGGAAUUUAUGACGAUAAAAUUGAAGUAAUGAGUACUUGUGGUUUCACUCAGUUCUAA